AUUGUAAAAACAGCUGCAGCUGUCAAAACAACUUUUUUUUUGUUAUGAUAGUCAAUGAAAUAAUCUGGCUUUUUGUUAUCAUAUUUCCUUCGUCGCGAAUUAAUUUUAGUCCACUGUUAAAGUUAAAAAUGGGCGUUGUUUUAUUCUACAUGUUAAACCACUAAAAAAACAAGCAAUGAACGCAGCUGAAAGAGACUUUAUCCAGCGAGGAUGGGAUGAAAUGUCGAAUGAAUCAAUUGCUAAAGAUGUUGCAACGAAAGGGAAGUACAUCAACUUGGCAAUCAGCUAUUUGGCGAAACGAUUGGAAGUUCAAACAAUUCAGGAAGCGAAGACAUUCUUUCGAAUCGAAGUUAAUAAGUACGUGGAGAGAUUGCUGUUGAACAAACAAGUAUUCAAAGCAGAGCAUGUCCUGUCCAACGUGAACAUAAAUCCAAAAUUUUAUUUCUAUGAAUUUUACGAAAAUUGUGACAACAGUGAAGUGAGGUGCUCAAUAGUCAAUUAUCUCAAAAAAACGUUGGCUGAUGCUUAUGACCGCGAACAUCAACAAAUCAUAGUCGAACUAAAAGCUUUAAAAAUGGUCCAAAGCGACGAAAAGUUGAGAAGUAAAUAUCCAAAAGUCCACGCUCUGGAGCAGUUCAAAGAACUUGACGCGAAAACGCAAAAGGAAUUAUUAGCCGAUGUUUGUUUUUCGUUCAAGUGCAAGUUGAUUAUCGAAGAAUUGGAUAAGCAUAUAACAUGGAGUUACUUACUCGAUCACCAGUUGUCUGCUCUGCUUUGUUCUUGGAUUCAGUCCAUCGGUGAAUCGUCGGAAAACUUGGCUAGACUGGACGUCACAUUUGAAAAUGUUUUGAAAAAGAAAUUUUCUGCGUGGGAUAUCGACAGUGAGAUGAUUGAUCAAAUUAAGCUGCCAAAGUACAAACUCCCCGAUUACCUUUUGGAUUGUCUUGCCAAGAGAUCAAUUUUUAUGAAACACGAGGAGGACAACACUGAAUUACUGGUGAAAAGAUUAUUAAGCAGUGAAUCUGUCAUUGAACACAGAGAAAUGCUGUCGUCUAGACCUCAUUCAAUAGAAAUAAUCAAAAGAAUUUUGGAUAGAAAACUCAUACCAUUUCUGAUUGAAGAAUGCAUCAACGUAACCGAUCUAAUAGAUGUCGCGCCACUAUAUCCACAUGACAAGGACGAACUAGAUUUGUGCAUCGGACUGAAGCAAAUUCCACAAUCAGAUCUAGCCACAAUGUCAACGAAAACUAUGGAAUAUCUGAUGAAAAAAGACCCUCAGAAAGACUAUUCGCUCGUCAAACUCAUGAACACACUGUUGCAGGACAAGUCAAACGCAGAAAUACCGUUGCCAAGCGAUUUCAAAGAUAUUCCAAUUCUUGCAGCAAUUUUUCAAAAAUUUCGUUCGUCUGCUGGUCUAAAUGAUUUUACUGUAACGCUCCAAGAUUUAGUAAGGCGUUUCGUGGGAGUUGAUCUUGACUCUAUCGGUUUGGACGCUGGAGAGGAAGGCCUGAAUUUUUCGAACGAGUUGUUGUUUAAGAAAUAUUGCCACGGAAGAACAUCGAAACUCAACUACAUCUACUAUGUAAAGCAAUGUCGAAGUUCGUACGCAGUGUACGAGUUUCUUAUCGAGCAACUUUCGUCAUUUUCCAAAAUAACCGACCAACAGAUAAUGUGCGCGUGCAAAACCGUAUCAGAAUUGGCAAUCAACAAUUUAGAGAAUGAUGAGGUCGUAACACAUUGUUUUGCCUUUAUGGAAAUGCUUGACGUGAAUACAAUGCAUCUUAGGGCUUACGUGAAAUGCUUGAAAUUGAUCAAAGGCUGUUCGGACACGAUUUCGUCGGAAGGAGAAUCUCUAACCACGUCGUUGUUGGAACGUGUGAUGUUAGUCAAGCUGAAAAGGGAUGAACUAUCUAUUUGUGAUCUGCACGCCGCGCGUAUGGUAUUUGAAUUGAAAAAAGAGAAGCUGCCAACAUCAUUUUUGCUUCAUAUCGCCGAGACCAAGGGAUGGUUUCAGAUGAUCGUCUUUGCAACGUACUUCAACUAUAGUUUGGAGCAAGUGAUAUUGGUUUGCGAUCAGGCUUUUCAUGGCACCAACCUCGGUAUGAAUCUGAAACGAGCUCUUCGGUGGGAACCUAUUCCCGAUAAAACUAAGCGUCGCAACAGUUUAACUUAUCGGGAAAAGCGGAAAGCGUUAAAUAAGAACGAAAUCAUGGUCACGAGUGGCGAUACGAUGUCAUCGUCAAUUAGUUCAACGGAAACGAUAGAAAAACUGAAACAUUCCUCUUCGAAAUUCAUAGCGGAUGAAAAGGAUCUGUUUGCGGUGAUCAUACAGAGCGUUGUGGACGUGAGUCCUGUUGGUAGUGAACUGUUAUCGUACGACAAAUUUCUAGAGCUCUUGAAAAAUCCACGACAAAUGCAAUCCACGACACAUCUAAAUUUGUUACGAAACGCAAUUGAUUCACAGCGUCCGAUCCUAUCGGUAUUGGCUGCAUUGAGUAGUCAGUUCAAUGUUCAGUAUUGUUGGGCCACAUGGAUGAUAACUGCCAUGGAUUCGUAUCAAUUGCCGAAGGAAUCUUCCGAUAUCCAAGAACUUUCGAGAGCCCUGAUUGAGUUCAGUGUAAUUAAUGGAUUCAGUCGUACUCUGCAUCAUGGCAUGGCGACUUUUUUCCCAGACAGUAAUUUCAACAUGUUCACAGAAUAUUUGCUGAAAACGAAGUUGCUAGACUUUUCAACUGACACUACCGACUUACUAGAGAGAUAUUUCCAAGAACUGAGCAAUAAUGACGUCGAACUAAUCUGUCUGAACAAUGACAAUCAUCAAAUUCUAGAUUUCUCAGUUGUACUGUUGGUGAAUCAUUUGCAAUUCGGAUUUGAGUCAAAAGAAUAUCAACGGUUAAUGUUAGCAUCGUUGUGCCAGUCUGGAAUCGAUUUCAACGACAUUAUCGACUUUUGUUUCGUCAGUUCCAUCAAUGAAAUUCUUACUUUUACUGAUGUGGAAAUGGACAUAUCGUCGUUCAUAAAAGGUCGACGUAGCGACGAUGAAAUGAAACGGGAAUACGAACGGAUCUGCGAACAGUUGGUGGUGAACCACGAAUUCUCGAAAGCGAUGACAGCGGCGGAUUUGUUUAAUUUACCGAAAGACAACAUCAUCUAUGAGAGUUGGAUAUGGAAUUAUGAAAUGGAUGACACAUCCGAUUUGGAUCGCUACGACCGGGAAAGUGAUGAAUAUUCGCUGGCGCCCGAUAUCGUGAUCAAUUUUUACAUUCAUGUGGCAUCCGAUCUUGACUAUGACAAUCCGAAAAAGUAUAAAAUUUUGAAGAAAAUAUUGGAUGUCAUCAAGAGGCAUCAUCUGUUCCCCAAUGAAGGCUUCGAUCGUGAUCGUAUUGAAUACGAAAUGGUAUUGAGUUUUUUGAGAAGUCCAUUGACCAUUGACGACAUUGAGCUGUAUUAUUCGGAAUAUUUCGAGACCAUCAUGUCAAAGGAGAGAUUUGUUUUGUACAAAUCAUUUCUGGAUUUGAAAGAAAUGGCCGGAAUUGAACAGCUUACAGUUGGCAAUAAGACACCGCUCGGGGAUGCAGAAAUCGAAAAAUUGAAUUCCAUAAUGAAUCGUUUGUUGGAUGAUGGUGACAUUGUACAAGCUCUACGGUUACAGUCGAUGUUCAAUCAUCGUCCCCUCGAUUUGCAUUAUCUCGUAUUUUGUAUGGCGUUAGCUGAAGGAUUGGCUUCACUCUAUGAUCUUUCCGUGGAACAACGGAAAAUGCUGAGCGAUGGCGUUAAGUUGGCUUCAUCGAAAUUCAAUCGCAGAACGUUGACAUCAACCAGAUUAAGUCAAACAAGUUCAUCUCCGUCUUCGUUACGACCACCUGCUCUCGAUUCAUCAGACAGUAGCACAACAAACGAUUUUGAAGAGAUUCCUUCACGCGAAAGGCAAGAUGUUCUGGAAGCGCUUCAGAGUUUAGCAGCUAGAAUAAACCACGGUACGAAAAUCGGUCAUCGUAUUGCUAUGACGAGUCAAGCUGCAAUGUAUCUGGACAAGGAAUAUGUGGACGUUUUGAAAAUAAAAGAUCCAUACCUGCUGCUUCAAAGUGCAAUUGAUGAAGACUGUCUGAACAAACUUGUUGUGAUGAAUGAUAUAAUGACGUCCAUGGAAAUGACCCACGCGGAGAUAGCCGAUUUUUUAGCCGAAAAAAUUACAAUUUCGAUUAUCGUGUCACGAUUCUACCUCCUUCAGUCACCGCCACCGAUUAAAGUGCCCAUUGGUCAGUGCUUGCUGUGGGGCUACGAUCUGGACAAAGAAUUCCGCUUGUUUCUGGAGCUUUGUCCAAACACAUCGAUGCUGGGAAAUGCAAUUUUGCAAUAUUGUGAUGCGUUGAAGCUGUAUCGAAGAAUUGAUCUCAAAGAACUGGCUGAUGCGGAUAUUGAUCAAGACACUGAAUUUUUCGACGGAGUCAACUCAAUAUUGGAGAAGAUUCGGGCAACAAUCGGACGGAAAGGAUUGUCGCAUAAAAAACAAAAUACAAUCAACGUUGAGCUGCUGAUCAAAGCUCAUGAAUGUUUCGUUCAUGAGUGCUACAUGGAAGGUAUUGCAAUCGUAUUACAGCGUACCAAACAGCUGAACAGCGUCCUGACCAAAGCCAAAUCAUGGAACUUAAUUGUGAAAAUGUUGACUGGCAUCGGGAGAUAUCGAGACAUGUACUACUGUUUCGAGACCCUCAUCAAAAAUGAACAGUUCGAGUCGCUUCUUGGUCAAUUCGAUGACGACAAAUCGAAUGGAUUGAAGCAGGCAAUCAUUUCAUAUUUAAACGAAAACUGUCCCGAUGCUACCGAUUAUUAUCGACUAGCUGCGGUUCAUUUUUCAAUCUACAAGGAAUUGUCUCAAAUGUCUGAAAACAAUGCCAAGUCAAUUGUCGCCGAAGUUAUCACUUUGCAUGAACAGAAAAACGACGACACCAAUAUUCGAUCGCAGGACGAGGCGUCUAUUACAUAUUUGAAAUGUGACCCAGUUAUUACCGCCUCGCUGACCAUAGCAAUGGACGAGUAUGCGAAUUCGGCCGAAAACUAUUUGUUUGACAAUAAGUUAAGCUUGGCACAGCGAGCUGCCUACAAUGCUGAACUGAUUGCCCUACAAAUUGAUUUAAACAAUCGGGAAGGCGAGAGAUGCAUCUGUGUGCUAAACAUUCAGUCUGAAAAUGUGUUUCGCUGGAUCGUAAACAAUAAUCUCAGCGUACCACAGUCCGAGAUCUUAGGUCACGCCUACCCGUACGAAAUCAACUGGACAGAAGCGAUAUUCAAUCAAUACAUCUUGCUGUCGAAUGAAAAAUUUCUGGUCGACUUCUGUGAUAGGCAUUCCAUAACUGAUGAAAUGAUCGAAAAUCUGGUCAAAAAUUUUCAAAUUCAAACAAACAUAACCGCCAAAAUGGAGCAGCACAUAUCCAAUCUGGUCGAAAUGGUCGAAUCCGUUACAAUGCGCUAUCGUUUGGCAUCGUUAUUGGGACUGAAACGUUUGAUUGCUCAGCUGAUAAACGAAAAUAGUUUGUUCUAUUUGAAAGAUACGAAUUAUGGCAGAAAUGAGCCGGGAAAUUGAGAUUGUAUCGCCUAGCGUUUGUUAUUUUGAACUUCCAUUACUUUAUAUCUCAGAGCAUUUUGUGAUUUCGAAAUUUUUCUUUUAAUAAAAAUUUGUAUACCAAGCUC